GUUGAGGUUGGGUCGGGUUAUUAAGGGAGCAAGAGAGGGGGAUUUAGAGACGUGUUCACUACAGAGGCAUCACCAUGGCACCACUCGGACUAAAAGCCAUUGUGGGAGAAAAGAUUAUGAAUGACGUCAUCAAGAAGGUACACAAGAAAGGAGAAUGGAAGGUGCUGGUCGUAGACAAGCUGAGCAUGAGGAUGAUGUCAUCCUGCUGUAAGAUGACAGAUAUCAUGUCAGAGGGCAUCACCAUUGUUGAAGACAUCGGAAAGAAACGGGAGCCUCUCCCUAGCAUGGAGGCCAUCUACUUAAUAACUCCCAAUGAUGAGACUGUGGAGGCACUCAUAGAUGACUUCAGAGACCCUCGGUCACCCAGAUACAGAGGAGCUCACGUCUUCUUCACUGACACAAUCCCAGAUUCAUUGUUUAACUUGUUGACGAAAUCCCGCGCGUCCAAAGCCAUGAAGACCUUGACUGAGAUCCACAUCGCCUUUCUGCCCUAUGAGUCUCAGGUGUUUUCCCUGGACAAGACAGAUGCCUUCCAGGACUUCUACAGCCCCUACAAGGCUGACAUUAAGCACAACAUGUUGGAGCGCUGUGCUGAGCAGAUCGCCACUCUCUGCAAUACCCUGAAGGAAUACCCUGGUGUCAGAUACAGAGGGGAGUAUAAAGACUGUACCACUCUGGCUCAGCUCCUGCAGGACAAGCUGGACGGCUACAAGGCAGACAACCCCACCAUGGGAGAGGGUCCGGACAAGUCUCGCUCCCAGCUCUUGAUUCUGGACCGAGGCUUUGACCCGGUCUCUCCCAUCCUCCAUGAACUCACCCUCCAAGCUAUGGGCUAUGACCUGCUGGGCAUCGAGAACGACGUCUACAAGUAUGACACCAGCGGGAUGGGGGAGGUCAAGGAGAAGGCGGUGUUGCUGGAUGAGGACGAUGAUCUGUGGAUGAGUCUCAGACACAAGCACAUUGCAGAAGUCACCACGGCUGUGACCCGUUCUCUGAAAGAAUUCUCAUCCACCAAAAAGAUGAACACAGGAGAGAAGACCACAAUGAAAGACUUGGCUCAGAUGCUGAAGAAGAUGCCCCAGUAUCAGAAAGAGCUGAGCAAGUACUCCACCCACCUCCACCUGGCUGAGGACUGUAUGAACCGCUAUCAGGGCACUGUGGACAAGCUGUGUCGUGUGGAGCAGGACCUAGCGAUGGGUACGGACGCAGAGGGGGAGAAGAUCAAGGACCCCAUGAGGGCCAUCGUGCCCGUCCUGCUGGACAAAGACGUCACUGUCUUCGACAAGAUUCGCAUCAUCCUCCUCUAUAUCUUCAUGAAGAACGGUGUUUCGGAGGAGAACCUGUGUAAGCUCCUCCAGCAUGCUAACAUCCCUCCCGAGGACAGUGACAUCAUCUCCAACAUGGCCCAUAUGGGCAUGCCCAUCAUCUCAGAGGGGAAUCCGACCCGCAAGGUGAAGAAGACUGACCGGAAGGAGAGAGUGAGUGAGCAGACCUACCAGCUGUCCCGAUGGACCCCUCUUAUCAAGGACAUCAUGGAGGAUGCCAUUGAGGACAAACUGGAUCCAAAGCAGUACCCCUACAUCUCCCAACGAACUGCCUCCACCCACUCCAGCGCGCCAUCAAGUGCCCGGUACGGAAACUGGCACAAGAACAAGGGCCCCACAGAGAUGAAGAAUGGUCCUCGGGUCAUCGUCUUCAUCAUCGGAGGCAUGACCUUUAGCGAGAUGCGCUGCGUCUACGAAGUCACACAGGCCAAUGGCAAAUGGGAGGCCAUCAUUGGCUCCACCCACAUGCUCACUCCCACCAAAUACCUAAAGGAGCUGCAGCACCCUGACUUCCUGGACCCCAACGCUGCCCCUGAGGAACCAGAGCCUGCUCCCGCAGAAUGAGAACACACACUGAAAAGAUCAACCAAUAUCUUCACCCCUACAAGCCUUCUUCAAACUCUCAAAGACUUAGAUAAACAAGCAGAGAUUUAAGCAGAACCCCCUGGCUGUAGCAGUCCCUCUCUUAACUAGCUAUCUGUCCCUCUCUUAACUAGCUAUCUGUCCCUCUCUUAACCACUAGCUGUCCCUCUCUUAACUAGCUGUCCUUCUCUUAACUAGCUAUCUGUCCCUCUCUUAACUAGCUAUCUGUCCCUCUCUUAACUAGCUAUCUGUCCCUCUCUUAACUAGCUGUCCCUCUCUUAACUAGCUGUCCUUCUCUUAACUAACUCCCCUAACCUCCAAACUCAUGUAUUCAGAUCAAAUUUCUUAAUAGCAUGAAAUAAGAUCAUUUAAAGCCAUACUACCAAAAAACACCAUGUUUUACCUACUGUACAUAAACCCUGAUGUCUGUAUAGUAAUAAUAUCAUUUCAAUUUGUUUGUCAGAUUGAAGGGAAGAGUAGAGAUUGAGUCUGUGAUGGAUGACUGUUGAUACUAUAUGAGCAGUGGAUGUAAACUGCCGUCUCAGGAUGCCAUUGUUGCACUUUCUUAAAAAGGAAGCAAAUCAUUGUGUAAGAUUCCAGUCUUUCCAACAGACCUUUCAAUACAUUUCAUAAAAGUAUUCAUAUAACAUUUAUUUGAAAAAAACAACUAGCUGAAUAUUGGAAUGAACUUGGAAAUACACUUGGAAUGUAUUUGAACACUGCAAUAACUGACUCAAAUACAUUCCCAAGCAUUUAACCAAGGUAUAAAGCCAGGUCUGUUUUUAUUGUUUUAGCAUGUAGCUUUUAUCUCAUUGCUUGUAAACGUUUCAGGAACAAUGAGCAAAAAUACAAAUAUUUUUGAAACUCAAAAUUGUAUCAUUUGGACAUCAUCUUCAUCACCAACAUCAUCACCAUCUUCCUCGUAAUGCAAUCAGUAGUUUGUAGAAUAUAUGCCAUACUGUAUCAAUGUUUCUAUUCCUGGUGAAUAUUCUCACUUUGAAAAUGCCAAUGUGAAGCCACUCUGUACUAGUGCUCAUGUAGCUGUAGCUAGCAGUACAGUUACAGUAGUUGGGCUGUAGCUAACAGUACAGCUACAGUAGUUGGGCUGUAGCUAGCAGUACAGUUACAGUAGUUGGGCUGUAGCUAGCAGUACAGUUACAGUAGUUGGGCUGUAGCUAGCAGUACAGUUACAGUAGUUUGGCUGUAGCUAGCAGUACAGUUACAGUAGUUGGGCUGUAGCUAGCAGUACAGUUACAGUAGUUGGGCUGUAGCUAGCAGUACAAUUACAGUAGUUGGGCUGUGAUGAUCAACCAUUGGAAAGUUAUUCCUCUUCAUUUAGUCUCUGUUCAGGAAUAGUAUGGAAUUGAUUUGAUUUGCUAUUUCCUCUUCCUGUCGAAGCUAUAGUCUCGUUUUUGUCCCACUUUCCAUUGCAGCGUUGACACUGUCAUGAUGCAAACUCAUUUGUUGGUGUUGUUGUUGUUACACUUGUUGUUGAUUUUGUUACUCUAUAGUAGGGUUAUCUCUUAUUUCUCAAGAUAUAUUAAUACCAGUGUAUUUGAUCAGAAUUCUAUGCUUGGAAGUAAUUUAUCCCAAACAAUACACGUUCACGUACUAAAGCUCUAAUAAAGUUGCUUCAAAGAAAA